CCGGGGGCCGGGCGCGCACACCAGCUCGGCCCGCGGAGCCGGGGGCACAGGCGUCCCCGCCGCCCGCAGGAGGAGCCCGAGCGGCCGCAUCCUCUGGAGAGACGCCCGGGCUCCGCAGCCGCCCUCCCCCUCCUCCGAGAGGCGAGCGCCGCCCGUCCCCGCACCCAGAGCCUCCACCUGCCGCGGACUCCCGGGCGGCCGGGCGCGGGGCAGAGAAGGCGCGAGAAACAGGGGCCCGGGAGACAGCGGCUCCCGGGGACCGCUCCGCGCGGAGAGGGGACGCCCUUCCACGCCGCCAGUCCCCGCGCGUUCGGCGCCCCGGCCCCGAGUUCAAGGGCCACCGCCCUCGGAGGGGGCUCUCCGCUCGGGCAGCGCCCCAUCCCGGGGCUCCGGCGCCUCGGCCCCCCCACCCCACCCCGCGGCGGGGCCAUGCCGGGGCUGCGCCGGGACCGCCUGCGGACCCUGCUGCUGCUGGGCGUGCUGCUGGCCGCCGACCUCUACUUCCACCUCGGGCCCCGGGUACGGCGCCGGCUGCGGCCCCGGGAGCGCCCGCCCGGCUGCCCGUGCGCCCGCCGCGCCACCCCCUCGGCCCCUCGGCCGGCCGCGCGCCACGUUCCCCCGGCCGAGCCGGGCGGCGGCGGCCCCGGCUCCAAGCUGCGGGCCCUCUUCGCGCACCCGCUGUACAACGAGCCGGAGGAGCCUCCGCUGCUGGGGCCCGAGGACUCGCUGCUGGCCGGCCCCGAGGCGCUGCGCUAUUACCGGAGGAAGGUGGCCCGCUGGAACAGGCGACACAAGAUAUACAAAGAGCAGCUGAAUCUCACUUCCCUGGAUCCCCCACUGCAGCUCCGCCUGGAGACCAGCUGGAUCCAGUUCCACCUGGGGAUCAGCCGCCACGGCCUGUACUCCCGGUCCAGUCCUGUCGUCAGCAAACUUCUCCACGACAUGAGGCACCUUCCCACCAUCAGCGCUGACUACAGUCAGGACGAGAAAGCCUUGCUUGGAGCCUGCGACUGCACCCAGAUCGUGAAACCCAGUGGGGUCCACCUCAAACUGGUUCUGAGGUUCUCGGACUUCGGGAAGGCCAUGUUCAAACCUAUGAGACAGCUGCGAGAUGAAGAGACGCCCGAGGACUUCUUCUACUUCAUUGAUUUUCAGAGACACAACGCUGAGAUUGCGGCUUUCCAUCUGGACAGGAUUCUGGAUUUCCGACGGGUACCACCGACCGUAGGGAGGCUAGUCAAUGUCACCAAGGACAUCCUGGAGGUCACCAAGAAUGAGAUUCUGCAGAGUGUUUUCUUUAUCUCUCCAGCCAGCAACGUGUGUUUCUUCGCCAAGUGCCCGUACCUGUGCAAGACGGAGUACGCCGUGUGCGGCAACCCGCACCUGCUGGAGGGCUCCCUGUCCGCGUUCCUGCCAUCCCUCAACUUGGCCCCCCGGCUGUCCGUCCCCAGCCCCUGGAUCCGCUCCUACUCGCUGGAGGGCAAAGAGGAGUGGGAAGUCAACCCUCUUUACUGCGACACGGUGAAGCAGGUCUACCCGCACAGCAGCAGUGGCCGCCUCCUCAACAUCAUCGACAUGGCCAUCUUUGACUUCCUGACGGGAAACAUGGACCGGCACCACUACGAGACGUUCACCAAAUUUGGGGACGACGGGUUCCUGAUUCACCUCGACAACGCCAGGGGGUUCGGACGGCACUCCCGCGACGAACUCUCCAUCCUCUCGCCGCUCUCCCAGUGCUGCCGAAUAAAAAGGAAAACACUCUCGCACCUGCAGCUGCUGGCCCAAGCCGACUACAGACUCAGCGACGUAAUGAGGGAGUCACUACUGGAAGACCAGCUCACGCCUGUGCUCACUGAGCCGCACCUCCUCGCCCUGGAUCGCAGGCUCCAGACUGUCCUCAGGACUGUGCAAGGCUGCAUAGAGGCCCACGGAGAGCACAGCGUCGUGGCCAACGGCCCCACGGGACAGUCAGCCCCCGACUCCGGCCCCAGCUAGGGGCUGGAUGAGUCCAACCUCGGAAACUACGCCUGGAGCCCGCGGUGGACUCUGGAGUGUGGACCACAGUGUCCUUGCGGGCCCCAGCCAGGCUGGGGUCUGGGUCAGGAGCUCACGAAGCAGGCAGGGUACUGGGAUGAUUCCAAAAGAGCCAAAGAAGUGGGACCCACUGCACUUUCCUCCUUGGAGCACUGCCUUGGCUCCCUCCCUCCCCAGAAGCCCUGCUUCAAGGCCACAGACCACCUGUUGAGCCCACUGGGAAAUCUGGACAUGGACCGGCCUGGAAGCCUGGCUCCCAGGAGAGAGCAUUAACUGUAACAAAUAAAAUUACGGGACAUCAGAUGGACACCCCCAGAUCUUUAUUACAUCUACAAGGAUAAUUCCCGAUCCAGAUUAAUAAACAUCUGGCAUCUCACAA